AUGCGCUCUCACGCUGCCAGGAAUUACUCUUCGUUUACGGAGAAGCUCGCCGACCCUACGAACAAGCUGCAGAGCUACGUAUCCCGCAGCGACGACCCCUACCUCAACCUCUCCAUUGAAGACCACAUCCUUCGCAAGAGUCCCGUCGACAGCACGAUAUUAUUUCUGUAUGUGAACAGGCCUUGCGUUGUUAUAGGGCGUAAUCAGAACCCGUGGACGGAGGUCAAUCUGGGCAUUCUCAACGCCGCACGCGGAACACACGACGUCAAAGACAGCGAGCCUCCAGGCAUCGGUACGGUGGACCUUGUGCGCCGCCGCUCAGGUGGAGGUACCGUCUUCCAUGACGAAGGCAACCUCAAUUGGAGCAUAACAUGCCCCCGCGUCGACUUCACACGCGACAAGCACGCUGAGAUGGUUGUGCGCACUUUGCGGAGGUUGGGCAUCGACCGCGCCAGGGUCAACGAGCGACACGACAUCGUUCUCGAUCAAGGACAUGAGAGAAACGCAGUUGACCCUCAAGACACGCACCGCACGCCUUACACCACCGACGAAGGCGGACCAAGACCCUUGAAGGUCUCUGGCUCGGCUUACAAGCUCACACGCCAGCGCGCUUUGCACCAUGCGACGACGUUGCUGAGUUCUCCGAAUCUGCACAUCAUAGGAGACUACCUGCGAUCUCCUGCGAAGGACCUCAUACAAGCCCAGGGUGUCGAAAGCGUCAGCUCGCCCGUAUCGAACAUUGGCCUUGACGUAGCAACAUUCCAGGAACGUCUGCAAGAGGAGUUCGCCUCAAUGUAUGCCGAUUUGGGAACCCCAGGCAUCGUAGAAACCGUCGGCGUAGAGCAUCUAGACAUCCCUGAUAUCCGAAAAGGAUAUGACGAGCUACAGACUGACGAGUGGAUGUGGUCUCAAACCCCACGCUUUAGCCUCGCACUCGACCCUGAGGACGACAUCGGUCUCCAUAUGGAAGUACAUCACGGUCUCAUCAAGAGCUUGGAUUUCGGGAACUCCAAACUCCCGGAUAAUGCUCAAACAGCCCUUCGGAACGCGCUAGUUGGUAUGAAAGUGCAGGAUGUCUGGAACUCGGAGACAUUUCUGCAAGAUAGCGACCAAGCCCAGGACGAUCAUCUCGCCACUAUAGUGAGACGACUCCAUGAGCUCCUGCCUGUUCCCAAACUUUUCGAGCGUUGA